GCAAAGAGGUGGCACCAAACUUUGCAGAACCGGGAGCAGGGACGGACAGACGGACGGACAGCAGGGCUGCAGCCUCCCAGGGACGCCCAAACAUCGAGUGGCAGCUGUAGAGCAUCCCGUCCCCUCUGCUCCCAGCCAUGUCCCUGGUAGGGAAGGAGAAGAGCCACGUGCGCUUGGUCUUCUUGGGUGCCGCCGGUGUGGGCAAGACGGCUCUGAUCCGCCGCUUCCUGCUGGACACCUUCGAGCCCAAGCACCGGCGCACGGUGGAGGAGCUGCACAGCAAGGAGUACGAGGUGAGCGGGGCCACCGUGACGCUGGAGAUCCUGGACACCAGCGGCAGUUACUCCUUCCCAGCCAUGAGGAAGCUCUCCAUCCAGAACAGCGACGCCUUCGCUUUGGUCUACGCCGUCGACGAUGCGGAAUCCUUUGAGAGCAUCAAGAGUCUGCGGGAGGAGAUCCUGGAGGUGAAGGAGGACAAAUUCCCUCCCAUCGUGGUGGUGGGCAACAAGGCAGAGAGCGGCGGCGAGCGGCAGGUGCCGGCGGAGGACGCGCUGUCACUGGUGGAGCUGGACUGGAACAGCCGCUUCGUGGAGACGUCAGCCAAGGACAACGAGAACGUGCUGGAGGUCUUCAGGGAGCUGCUGCAGCAAGCCCGGCUGCCCGGGCGGCUCGGCCCUGCGCUCUGCAGGAGGAGGGAGACCUUCCCCAGCGAGCACGGGCUGCGGCCCCCCAUGAACAAAACCAACAGCUGCUCCGUGUGCUGAGCCCGGCAGGAUGCAGGUGGGCUGCCGGCCAGGACCCCGCUCCUCCCCACCCUUCCCUCCUCAGCCGGCACUGUGGGGUCUUUGGAGUGCAGGGAGGGAGGCGGAUGGGAUGGUGCCGCUUUGGGUUGGUUGGGAAGGCGUGGGGAGAGGGCAGGAUCCCAAAAAGGGGGGUGCCCACCUGGGACGCAGCGGGCACUCAGGCUGCACCCAUACUUGCAGGAAGGGGGCAGACAGUGGGACGUGGGCUGCGUGCAGCCGAAUGCAUCUCUAUGGGCACUGUGCACUGUGCCACCUCCACUCCUGGAUCCCCUCCGGGUUCUGUGCCCACCGCACCCCAACGCCCACAGGUGCAGUGUCCUGCUGCAGCCGUGGUUACGAUGAGUGUCCCAGGUAGUUGUGUUUGGAUAGGCACGUAGAGCAUGCCAUAGGGCAGCCUAUGCAUCUCUUCAGUUUUCUAUUUCUGUUUGGUUUUUUGUUUGGUUGUUUUUUUUUUAAGCAUACCCAAUAAACACGGUGAUGCAAAGCAG